CUUUCCCUUUUGUUUUUUAUUUUAUUUUAUUUAUUUAUUGUAGAAAGAGAAAACUUUUCCCACACAUAUUUUUUUUUAAAUAAAUGUCUUCUUCAACCUUUUUAAAUCCUCAUACACAUAAUUUACUGAGUCAAGGAAACAUAAUUGAAGAAGAAGAAGAAAAAGAAACGGAACAAGAGUUAAGGGAUGAGUCACCUUCUCUUAGAAAUCUUUCUAUUUCCUCUGCAGGAAGUAUUGAUAUUCAUGGACAAGCUGUUUCAUCAGAUAUCUUAGUAGCACUUUUGGACAGAUCUGUAGAGAUGAAAGACCUUGCAGCCCGCAAUACACAAUUUUAUGACACUUUAGAACAUUAUAUCACAGAAACACAAGGUGAAUCUGCUUGGCAACGUUUUCAAGAGAUUGUUUAUAAGCCUCGUGAAAAAUUACCUGAUCGUGUUUGGAUGAAUCAAAUCAGUCAUUUCUUAUCUCAUAAUCCUGUCUUUUUAACCAAAUUUAAAGAAAGCGUUGGUUAUACCGAUGAUAAUGAUGAUGAUUUUAUAAAUGAUGUUAUUCCAAUACCUCGUAAACUACCAUCCUCACGAAGCUCUGGCUCUAUUAAUACGAUAGGAAGUGCAGGGUAUCGUCAGAAUCGUAGAUCAUCAACUAUGAGUUUAGGUGACGCUUUAGAGUAUAAUGAUGAGGAUCAUAUUCUUCAUGAAGAAGCACCACAGGUACCAGAAGGCAUGUUUGCUAGUGAGGAUCAGUUUUAUCAACAACACCACCAGCAAUAUCCACCUUUAGGCGGAGGAGGGGGAAGACGUCGUUCUUCCUAUCAUUUGAUUCAAUCUGAACCACACCCUACUUUUACAGAUACAACAAUUGAGGAAGUAGAUGAAGCUAAUAUUGACAUAGAUAAGGAUGAUGAAAGUGAUCAUUUAUCAGAUCUUCUUGAUAGUGAUGAAGAAAAUGAGGACAUAAUAGUAUACGGGAAUAAGGAAAAUAUGGCAAUGGAUUCAAGAAAUCGAGUCAAAGAAAGUGGAGCAGGUAGUUCAACACCUACUACAAAUAAAUCAAAGAGCGCACACCCAUAUUCAGAAAUGGAUCUUAUCAAACUGAGAAACUAUCCUGAUUUCCAAUUGAAAUUACCACAGUCACAUCCGUCUUUCUUUCGUAAAGCGAAACAACUUUUGUCAAUUGCUCCUUCUUCGCGUCACUUAUCAGCUACGAUACGACGUAAUUCAAUUUUAGAAGAUGCUAUGCCACCAAGUCCUGUCGCAGAAUUAGAUGAGCCUUGCUUUCAAACGUGUGAAGCCAUUGAUGAAGAAGAAAGAGACGGAGGACAUUUGGCUCAACUCAUUUGUUGUACAAGGCGGCAACAGCCAGAUGAUAUUGCUUGGUUAAAUAGUGUUAUGGAAGCAUUAGCUGGUUGGCCAGAAUUAGUCGAUCAAUUAUAUGAUAUUAUUCAUGAUUCCCUGGAGGAGCAUAGAGAACACUAGCAAACAUAGGUUAAUAUUGAAUUGGUGUCUUGUAUGAAGUAAUUUUAUAUAAAUUUUAAAGAAAUAUCUUGAAAUAUUGUUUUGACUAAUAUAUAAUAAAGCUAAUCUUUUGU